GACCGGGCGGGGGAUGGGGGGACGCGUCCCUGAAGGAGAAGCAAUCCUCCCCCCGAUAGAUAGCCCCGCUGAAGAAAGCCUGAAUUGACGGCAGCUCCAGGUUCCCCCCUUGAGGGAACUCUUUUGCCCUACACGCCAUCCUGGCCAGCCCCGCACCCCGUCGGAAAGGUAAUUUCCCUCCUCCAAGCUGGCAGCGAUUUUAGUACCCUUGACCCCUCCCGGGAAGGAGCUGGCAUGGCACAGUUCUCUGCCCCGUUACCUACAUUAAGGGCGGAGAGCGGGGUGUGCAGUGGCCUGCUGACUGCUCAACGGCGGUUCAACGGGACAGGCCAGAAUGGCUGUGAUUGCAAACACAAACUCCCCUCCCCCAGUUCCCCCAUACACACAGGCACGCGUGCGCAGACACCCCCCCCCCCCGGUUCCCUGAGCCUUUGCUUUUAACCACACAUUUGGCAUUGGGGGAAGUCGUAGCACGAAGGGAACGAUCGUGUUCGUGUAAUGCUGAGAAAAGUCAAUCCUGGAGCAUGUUGUGAGUCCUGAAUGGUAUGAAGGAUUAAUUGGCCGUUGCCUUACUCUUGCUUUAGAGAGAACAGCUUUCCAGCAGGUGGGGGGAACUUUGUUAAUGUUGUUAAAAAUGUUAUAUAGAAAGAUAAACAUUCUGUACAUAACUGGAUUGUUUCUUUCUUUGUCAGGAAUGCAAGUAUUGGCCAAAGAAUUCUAUGCAUAGUGAAGGUGGAGCAGCUGCUUUUCAUUUUUUGACCUGGAAGAAACAAUUUCCUUUCCUAAUUUUUGGCUUUUUUUUUUUUUAAACUCAGCCACUCCCUGAGGAAUGCACAAUUUCAGUUGAUAUUUUUCUGGGGGCCCUGUAUUCCUUUUGGGAUGGAGCAACGUGGCCUUGCUUAAUUUCAUGCUGUUCAUCUUCUUUUCUUUUUUAGGGCAAGCAUAUUUUCAAAGUUGGGCUCUGGAUCUUGGUGUUAGAGGCAUCAUUGACCAAAGGAAAUGGAGGAAAAGGAGCGAUGUGAUAAAUUUGAUUUGACACUCUUGUGUUAGGGCCAUGUAAAAUAUUUUCCAAGGGAAGACCAAGAGAAAGAAAGUUUCUUGUAAACUAAAGGAGGCGGGAGGGAGGGUGGGAGAAAAAAUGAUUCAGAUUAUUGAGUUACCUUUGCAACCACCCAGUAAAGACAUCUAUUAAAGCAACUGCAGGUUUGCUACUUGUGUGAGCUGGAGUUCCUAUAAAGAAAGGAGCCAUUUGCUUGCUUGUUUGCGUGUGGGAAGAAGCUUCACAAACUUUAUCAUCUUUCAUCUUCGCAUUCUACACCACGAAAGAAAAAAUGAGUUGUGUGCCAUGGAAAGGUGACAAAACCAAAUCAGAAUUUCCAGAAACACCACAGCUGACCCCAGUGCGUAUUUAUCAUGAAAAACAGCGCAGGGAACUCUGUGCCCUCCACGCUCUCAAUAAUGUCUUCCAGGAUGGCAAUGCCUUUACAAGAGACACACUACAGGACAUUUUCCAGAGGUUCUCCCCCAAUACCAUGGUGACACCACACAAGAAGAGCAUGCUGGGAAAUGGGAACUAUGAUGUGAAUGUCAUCAUGGCAGCUCUUCAGACCAAAGGUUAUGAAGCAGUUUGGUGGGAUAAGCGCAGGGAUGUUAAUGUAAUUGCCCUCUCUAAUGUGAUGGGCUUCAUUAUGAAUUUGCCCUCAAGUCUCUGCUGGGGUCCAUUAAAACUUCCUCUUAAACGGCAGCAUUGGAUCUGCGUCCGGGAAGUGGGUGGUACUUACUACAACCUUGACUCCAAACUCAAGGUGCCUGAAUGGAUUGGAGGUGAAAGUGAGCUCAGGAAGUUUCUGAGACACCAACUGCGAGGAAAGAACUGUGAACUUCUGUUGGUGGUGCCUGAAGAGGUGGAAGCACAUCAGAGUUGGAGAGCUGAUGCAUGACCUGAAACUGUCUUGUCCUCGCACUACAGAACUGCUCCCUACCACCCACCAAUUGCUCAUGUCCUGUGAUGUGCAUAAUGAGCACUCCUAACUCCUCUUUCCUGGAACUCUGGAUUGUUUUCCAUUAUAUGGGUGCAAUAAGGCAGCAGCAACAUACUGUCAGGGCCAAUAUGAAAGGGAACAAGCUGGACACAUACCGAGGGAAGAGGAGGAGGUGGAAGGAAGAGAGUCCUUCCUGUGCCCUAAUGCAUAGUGUGAUUUAGGAGUGGAAUGUUGGAAAACUCCCUUUAAUUUUCUGCUUUCCCUUUCUUCCCCACAGUCUUAAGAGACUUUAUAGUGGGUUGCACACUACUGUUUCCAAACAUCCCCAAAGCUCAUUUGGCUGGUAUGUCUCCAUGCAAAGGCUGGGGCCAAGCAUGUUCCCUCCUUGUCUCCCUCCAACUCUAGCUGUGUUGAAGAAAAUUGCAAACCACAUGGGUCUCUCAGGAAACUCUAAAUACUCUUAUCAAUGGUAUGGUGCUUGUGGAUCCCCUUUUGUAAUAGUAACUGUGCCAAGGGUUAGGGGAUAAAUAGACAAAAUGGGACCAUCACUCUAGAACUCCCUUCAGGAGUUUGAGGUUUUUGUUUCUCAUUCUCUUUUUAUUAUGUGACCUUUGUUGGUCUGAGAAUAAAAAACUGAAUAAUUUGGGAAGGAGGUAACUAAUUGAUGCUUAUUUAGAAGCCUCAAGGUUUUGUUUUUUUUUUAAUGGUCCAGGUGUAGCCUGUUUGUUCUUGUUUGUCUGUGUUCUGUAAUUCAGGGAAAUAUUCACUGAGCAGGGAAUAAAACUAUAGGCUGUUUGGGUAUGGAAUCUUGAAAAAAAGAACAGCCAAGUUUCAUCAAGUAUGGAGCUAAUGAAAGGGCAAGUGUUCAUUUUGAAGAGGAGUAACAGAAAACAAGAUCCAAGGGCUAGAUUUCUGUGGCCUUUGUAGUAAAAGUACCUGAUGUAAUGUCUAAGCAGGUCUGAUGUAGGGGAAGACUGUCAACAGCAGACAGGCUAAGCCCAUAGCCUUCCAUUGGAAUUGGCAGGUACCUAAACUCUCUUACUGCCCAUGCUAAAUUAGUGAAAAGGGCUGAAGACUGGAAGGAAACCAAAUUAGCUUCCCUUGACAUCUCACCCACCAGGUGUGCGUUGUUGUCACAGUUGGCAGAUGAAAUGGAGAGUUUGAUCUUUCACACUUCCCCUUGAACCCAGGUUAUUUUUUUGCAUUUGUAUUACUGCUUUUGCCAGCUUCAUUUAUUAUUGGAACAGCAAAAAUAGGAUCCACUUUAAAUGUUUCAUACUAUGGGGCAAUUUACACCAUUAGUUGGGAGGGCUGAAACUGACUUCUCUCAGAAGUCUUUAGCCUUCUCUCUCAGAAUAUAAGCAAGACACCUAAGCCAGCAUUCCAACUAUCUGAACUCUCCCUUCACUGUCAAAUGCAGUAUGAGUGGCAUUAAGAUAGGUCUUGUUUAUUGACCUCUGGAGAACUUGUAGGCAUUAUACUGGAAACCUGAGUUUGACUUUACUCUGUUAUGUACUAUAUAGUCCAAGCCUAAUAUGUCUAUUUUUACUAAGCCCUCUUCUGGACUACACAUUCCAAUGACCAAAACCAGCUGGCAAAGUUUGUACAAACACUUUUCACAAGUAGAACGUCAGGCUUGCAGUUCUACUUCUGACUUGAAGCCAUUUUUUUCAAAUAUUAAAAAAAAAUCAGCAGGAAAGACUACUUAAUUCUCUAUGCUGACUAAAAUAGCACUUUGGAGAGACCCUGUUUGCAUGGAAGCCAAUGGACCAGUGCACAAUAUGCAAAUAUAUUUUUUAAAACUUAAGGCUGUUUCUCUGUGUAUUUAUGCCAUUGUUCUGUCCCUAAGGAAAGUGUUGUGAUUCAGCAGCUCAGGAAAAGGGAACAUGUAAUCACACACACCUCUGGACCAGAGUUGUGGCAACAGAGGUGAAAAGCCAGCUCAGUCCCAUUACUGGGGAAUGGAGAAGCCCAUAAUUGUUUUCUUGCUUGUUUGAUUUGUUAUAGCCUUGUCUUGGGUUUGUUUACAAAGAUGUAUUUUGUUUAACCAAAAUAUUAAAAAUGAGAAAACCUU